GCUCUGAGGGGGGACGAGCCCGCAGCUUCUCGGGCGCGCUGCGCUGGGUCCGGGCGGGGCAUGGCGGAGAAGGCUCUGGCCGUGCCCCAUCGCAGCUCGGUCCUGAGGCGGGAAGGGCCGGGCCUGUGCCGGUCCCUCCUGUGGGGACUGCGGGAGAGGAGCCGCCGCGGCCUGACCCACUUACGGGAUGCUCUUCCAUGAGGAUUUACUGCUGUCUUGGUUUCUUUCCUGCGCUGUGUUCUCAGCGGUUACACCUGGAGGAUCUUCAGGGUCUCCUUUCACUGUAGGGCUAGACAGUAUUUGGUGUAUUAUAUUGAAGCAAAGCUGCACACAAUACGUAAAUAUUACAAUACAGCUUGAGAUUGAUCAUGAAGACCUUUUGUGGAAGAGCCAAUCCCACCACUGGCUCCAUGGAGUGGCUGGAAGAGGGUGAGGACUAUGACUACCACCAGGAGAUUGCAAGGUCACGCUAUGCAGAUAUGCUUCAUGAUAAGGACAGAAACGUGAAAUACUACCAAGGUAUUCGUGCUGCAGUGAGCAGAGUAAAAGAGAGAGGUGAAAAAGCAAUUGUGCUGGACAUAGGGACUGGCACAGGACUCCUGUCCAUGAUGGCAGCUUCAGCUGGGGCAGAUUUCUGCUAUGCCAUUGAGGUGUUCAAACCCAUGGCUAAUGCUGCUGUGAAGAUAGUGGAGAAAAAUGGUUUUUCUGACAAGAUCAAAAUAAUCAACAAGCAUUCCACUGAAGUCACAGUUGGCCCAGAUGGAGAUAUGCAGUGUCGGGCAAACAUCCUGGUAACAGAAUUAUUUGAUACAGAGCUGAUUGGAGAAGGAGCUUUACCAACUUAUGAGCAUGCACACAAAUAUCUUGUACAGGAGGGAUGUGAGGCAGUGCCUCACAGGGCAACAGUGUAUGUCCAGUUAGUGGAAUCCAGAAGAAUGUGGUCCUGGAAGAAACUGUUUCCUGUUCAUGUUGAAGCAGAGGAUGGUGAAAAAAUACUUGUUCCACCUUCAGAAGUGGAGAACUGUCCAGGUCUUCCUUCUGUUUGUGAUAUCCAACUGAACCAGAUGCCUUCAAAUGACUUCAGUACCCUUAGUGAUGUGGUGAAAAUGUUCAGUGUGGAUUUCAGUAAGCCAGUGCAGAGUGCUUCUACCUGCUAUAAAGUGCAGCUGGAGCCUGUGAAAUCUGGCAAGGCACAAAUUGUACUUUCCUGGUGGGAUAUUGACAUGGACCCCUCUGGGAUGAUAAAUUGCACAAUGGCUCCCUACUGGGUAAAACCCACUUCUGCUUUGCAGUGGAGGGAUCACUGGAUGCAGUGUGUUUAUUUUCUUCCACGUGAGGAGCCAGUUCUGCAGGGUGAGAAGUUGUACCUGACUGCCUGUCGUGAUGAGUACUCUGUGUGGUACAACCUGCAGAAAGCCAGAGAAGGGGAGAAUAGAGCAGAUGAAGAGGAGCAUACAACAGAUGCCUGUGUCCUGGAGAGUCCUGUCUGUAGGUGUCGUGCCCACCUGCUUUGGAACAGGCCCCGCUUUGGGGAGCUGAAUGAUCAGAGCCGAACACGCCAGUACAUCAAGGCCUUGAGGAAAGUUCUGAAAACAGAUAGUGUUUGUCUUUGUAUCAGUGAUGGCAGUCUGCUGCCUGUGCUGGCUCAUUAUCUUGGAGCAAAGCAGGUGUAUACAUUAGAAAACUCUGGUGUGUCCUGUUCUGUCAUGGAAAAAUUUUUUAAAGCAAAUCAUCUUGAAGAUAAAAUUAAAAUAAUAGAAGCUCGUCCUGAGUUGCUGAAGCCUUCUCAUUUGGAGGAUAAAAAGAUUUCUGUCCUUGUGGGAGAGCCGUUUUUCACAACAAGUUUGUUGCCAUGGCAUAACCUGUAUUUCUGGUAUGCCAGGACAGCUGUGAGCACUCACCUUGCCAGCAAUGUCACUGUCCUACCUCAGUCUGCUUCUUUGCAUAUGAUGAUUGUGGAGUUCCAGGACUUAUGGAGAAUCCGGAGUCCAUGUGGCAUCUGUGAAGGUUUUGAUGUCCGGACUAUGGAUGAUAUGAUUAAAGAUUCUCUGAAUUUUAGGGAAUCCAAGGAAGCAGAACCUCACCCGCUGUGGGAAUAUCCCUGCAAGUCACUCUCAGAGCCCCAGGAAGUUUUGACAUUUGACUUCACAAAGACUGUGCCACAGCACUGUCUCAGCACAGAGGGCUCAGUGAAGCUCUUAAGGAAAGGCAAGAGCCAUGCAGCAGUUCUGUGGAUGGAAUAUCAUCUUACUGCUGAUAUCUCAGUUAGUACAGGACUGGUGCGACUGUCCAAUGAAAAGGGAAACUGUGAAUGGAAUCCCCACUGCAAGCAAGCUGUUUAUUUCUUCAGCUCUGUUAUUGAAUCAGAAAUUCUGUCAGACCCUACUGCUGUCACAUAUGCUAUAAAUUUUGACACAAAGACAGGAGAGAUUGCCAUGGAUUUUCAGCUAUUAUAAAAUACUUCCUCCUGCUCAUAUUCCUAAAUUAUAAUAAACAUAGAGUAUUUCCCCUU